CUGAGUUUUCGUGAUACUUCCACUUUCUUUAUUCCCCUUAUUAACUGUUUUUCUCCAGUUCAGCCACGGUCAUCCUCCUACAAUAGAGAGUAUGGAGGAGGGGGAGGAAAAUGUUUCUCCCACUCAGACCACCAGCUAGAUGGCCCCAUCACUGCCAUCCGUAUCCGAGUCAACAAAAACUACAUUGCGGGACUCCAGGUCUGAUAUGGCAAGGAGUGGAGCGACUAUGUUAGGGAUACCCAAGGUGAUCUGGAGGAGAUUUUCUUGCACCCCGGGGAGUCAAUCAUCCAUGUGUCCGGCAAAUAUAAGUCCUAUCUUUGGAAGCUGAUGUUUGUGACAGACAAUGGCCGCUACCUGACUUAUGGGAAGGACACAGGCACCAGCUUUAAUGCCGCCCCACUGUACCCCAACACCAUUGUUCGAUUCUUCAGUGGCCACGCUGGCUCUCUCAUCGAUGCUAUCAGUCUACAUUGGGAUGUUUACCCCACCUGCUAACUAUCCAGACACAGCAGGCCCAGGGCUGCCUCUCCUUGGGAAAGUCCUUAUUCUCUCAAAGCCUAU